GUUUGCUGUUUGCGUACCGUGUACUUCGCAAACGCACAAAACUGAGAUGUCGGAGCGCAAUGCAUCACAGUUGCCACGUCGCUAAGAACACGUCUACUGCGCAUAUUCAAAACAUUUGCAUUUCGUGGCUGCAGGCAGGAGUGAGUUUGACAAAAUUCUCGGAAAAUUGGGUGCACUCACGCUUUUCAAAAGUGAUUCGCAAAACCCGAUUAGAUUCCACUCAACAACGAACCAUAUUACGGGUUUUAAAUGUGUGAUAGGUAAUGUCUGGAGGAAGGUUACCGCCGAGCCGUGAUGCGUUCUCGGUUGGUCAACAGCAACCAUACCUCAACCACGGCGGUGUAAAUAGUUUUCAAUCUCCGCAAAAUCAUGGGGGAUUUGUGCAUCCAGAUAAGAAAGGAGUAAACAAUCAGACUCAGAGUGUUUCCCAAGAAAUGAAUCCGGCCUCGAACGGUUAUCAAGAUCAGUACCCAAGCCAAUGGCCAACAUCUUUGCCACCACGCCAUAAUCAAUAUAGAACCAACCCUUCAAUGGUUCAUAACAUGGCUGGUGCAUCACAACAAUCAUCACAACAAUCCUUUAACAAUUCUCAUGAAUCUUCAACAACAUUUGCACCAAACAGAGGUCCAAUGAAUCUACAAACUGGGCAAUCUGGAAGUCACUCUCCAUCUCCUAAUUCCAUUGCCAAUGGCCCUGUGUCAGGAGUGGGCCCACCUAUUGGAAGUUCCUCUGCUCAUCCUCGAAUGGGACAAGCUGCACCAAAUCUUAGUGCACCCACCCAGGGACAGUCCACCCCACCUUUGGGGUCUUCUUUAGCAAAUGGACCUUCCCCAAAUUCCAAUUCUCAGCAGCAAUCCUUAGUUAAUAAUACUCAUGGAAUGCCCCAAACUGGUUCUGCAUUUACUCCAGUCACUUCUCAUUCAGGGCAGUCAUCACCAUAUCAAAAUUCAACCUCUAUGCCACCCCUCCCAAGUCAGUCACGGACAGGGUUGCCUGCACAUGGACAGUCAAAUACGCCACCCCAGACGCCGCAAGUUGGGCAGCAGGCAAAUUACACCGGACAAGCUCAAGGUUUUCCCUCUGGUCUAUCUCCAACCACAGGCCAACCAGGUUCUCAGCCAUUAUCAGCUUUGCAUUCCAAUAAACCUAAGAGACCUACAAUGCCAAUGACCACUGGGCCUGGCUAUCCAGGACAGGGUGGGACCCCAUUGCAGAGAUCAACACCUCCUCCUCCAGCAGGUUUUUCAGGGUCAACAAUGGGGCAGCACAAAACGCCGCCCCCUCCAGUGGGUCAACCAGGUGGAACACCAGGUCAGAGUCUAACCCCACCUCUCCCAUCAAUGUCUCCUGGAUCAGCUAUGCCACAAACUGGUUUUAACAGUCCACCAACAGGAUAUUCUCCCACAGGACAAGACUCUCAGGCUGGAAGACCCAUGUCCUCCAGAAGGAGGAUGUACCCUUCUCAGCCGAUGCAACCUUCAAUACCUGGGUCAGGUGGAGUGACGAAUGCUCCUGGGCAAGUGAAUCAACAGUAUCCACGGCAAAUGCCACCUAUGGCUCAACAACCAUCUGUUGGUGGUAAUACACAACAGUUUCCAUCUUCAGGUCUGGAAGGUCCAAUGGGAAGACUUACUGUGCAGCAAUCCUCAGCCUGCCAACCCAUUAACCUUUUAGAACAGAGGCAUGUUCUUCCUCAAACACCAAUUGAGCAGCCAUCCCCUAAUUUACCUGGAGACCUUCGGAAAAGGAACUGUGAUCCAAGUGUGCUAUGUUGCACCAUUAAUGCUGUUCCAGAAACCAAGAGUCUCUUGACAAAAUCCAAGCUUCCACUAGGAAUUCACCUUCACCCUUUCAAAGAUUUACAGAACCUCCCAGUUAUUCAUUCUUCUGUCAUUACCAGAUGUCGUUCCUGUAGAACAUAUAUAAAUCCUUUUGUCACUUUCACUGACUCUAGAAGGUGGAGAUGCCCAAUGUGUUUCAGAGUAAAUGAAGUUCCAGAGGAAUUCUGUUUUGAUCCGACAACUAGACAGUAUGGAGAUCCGUCCAAGAGACCAGAAGUGAGGAAUGCUACAGUGGAAUUUAUAGCACCAUCAGAAUAUAUGUUAAGGCCUCCACAGCCAGCAGUGUUUCUGUUUGUUAUGGAUGUUUCCUUCAAUGCAAUAGAGACAGGUUAUCUGCAUAUGGUUUGUAAAUUGCUGAAAGAAAACUUAGAGAAAGUGCCAGGAGAUCUAAGAACGCAGAUUGGAUUUAUAACGUUUGAUAGUACAGUUCACUUUUACAGUUUAAAGUCAAAGCUUUCUCAACCCCAGAUGAAUAUUGUUUCAGACUUGGAAGACAUUUUCCUUCCAUCUCCUGAUGACCUUCUGGUGAAUAUGAAUGAAAGUAAAGAGCUUAUAACUCAACUGCUGGAUUCUCUUCCAAACAUGUUCAGCAAUAAUCACAAUGUUCACAGUGCAACAGGGGCAGCCCUGCAAGCAGCUCUCAAACUAGUGGGUCACAUAGGUGGUCGUGUGACACUCUUCCAGACAACAUUACCUAACAUUGGCCCUGGAGAACUGAAAAAGAGGGAGGAUGGGCAGAAAUCUUCUCCAAAGGAUGUCCAGAAUUUAACACCAGCUACAGAUUUCUACAAGAAGUUUGCACUGGACUGUGCAGCUGAACAAGUCGCCGUUGAUCUGUUCUUACUUUCAGGACAGUAUGCAGAUAUUGCUACACUAAUGUGCGCGUCAAAAUACUCUGGAGGAUCUGUCAUGUAUUAUCCUGACUUUCAUGUGUCAAGGAACCCUGCUGCAGCAGAAAAGUUUGAAAAUGAAUUUGUACGUUAUCUAACAAGGAAGAUUGGAUUUGAGGCAGUUAUGAGAGUUCGCUGCACAAAAGGGCUUUCAAUCCACACUUUCCAUGGGAACUUCUUUGUACGCUCUACGGACUUAGUUUCUUUGCCGAAUGUGAGUCCUGACAGUGGUUUUAGCAUGCAGAUUGACAUUGAAGACUCGCUGACAGACUCCAAUCUGGCUGUGUUUCAGUCUGCUCUUCUUUAUACAAGCACCAAGGGUGAGCGGCGCAUCAGAGUACACACUCUUGCUCUGCCGAUCACGAACAAGCUGGCUGAUCUGUACGCCACUGCUGAUGUACAAGCCAUUGCUACACUACUUGCCAAAAUGGCUGUCGACAGAACGUUGACGUCAUCAUUAGGGGAUGCUAGAGAGGCUUUGAUGAACGCCUGUAUCGACACUCUUGGUGUUUAUCGUUCCUCGGUAGCUAAUCAGCCUCAGAGCAGUGGACUAAUAGCGCCCCAUUCUCUGAGAUUACUUCCGCUCUUUAUUUUGGCCAUCAUGAAACACAUGGCGUUUCGUCUUGGCUCUACAUCUCGUUUAGACGAGCGGUGUUUUUCCAUGCAGCAGCUUAAAGUUAUGCCUCUCAGCUUGGUUAUGCUGUCUAUCUAUCCAAAAAUGUAUCCGAUACACGAACUGUCGGAUGAGGGUUCUCUCCAGACCAAAGCUGGCCUGGUUGCGAAGCCUCCAAUUUAUAAUCUUUCGGGCGAAAAGCUUACCAGAAAAGGAAUAUUUCUUCUGGAUACUGGUCAUGCAUUUUACAUUUGGGUCGGACGAGAUGCCCCUAUUGAUGUAAUCCAAGCCUUAUUUAACGUCCCAAACUUCGGCAGCAUCCCAGAGAAUAUGGGAUCGCUGCCCGCGCUGGAAAAUCCUCAGUCAGAGAGAGUGAGAACAUUUGUGGAUUAUCUUCAAGCACAGCGUUCCUGCCAUGCUAACAUUUAUGUUUUAAAAGAAGACAGCCGAAUGAGGAUGCUUUUCCUUCAGAAUCUUGUGGACGAUCGGUCCGAAUCGGUUAUGUCUUACUACGAGUUUCUCGUUCAUAUUCAAAAGCAGAUUUCAAAAUGAGUGUAUUUCCUGGUGAAAGUGGACUCAGGAAACGCAGAGACAAAGAGAAACCAGACAAGAACCCACAACAAGCGGAAGAUCUCGGGAUAUUCCUUGAAAAUUAAUGGCCUGUUUUCUCGAACACUGAAAUCAUACAAUGAAGCGUUGCUACUGAUGAAAAGUUACUACAGAGGAAUCAUAACGGGAUUUGUGACGUACUGAAUUCGCUUAACAAGUCAAUGAGAAGACAUCACAGAAUUUAUCACACCUACAGUCAUUGGAAUCAUAACCUUUGGGGAUUCGUGAGAUUCAAGCAUUGUUCCCCCCCCCCUCCGUCUUCCCCAUCUGGAUCACUGAUGUCCCAUGACCCGAGGAAAAUUAACUACUGCAGGCGGACUGGUGAAUGAAGGGCAAUAAAAGGGAAAUCUAGAAGAAACGUGCUGGGUGUGAACUGCAGGCCCAGCUUGUUUGUUUGUUUGUUUGUUUGUUUUUUUUGGAGAAUUCAAUGGGAAACUUUUUGUCGGUAGAGAUUAUAAAAUUUAGAAAGUUUACAUUUUUUAUUAAUAAAUAUUGGAGCACUACCAUUUGAAUGAAUGAACUUACAUUUUCUGAGGGUUUCAUUUAAUAUUCAUAUGAUUAAAAAAGUUAUUAUAUUUUGCAGGUUUUUUUAGGUAAUUUCGCACAGUUUUUCCUGUUGAAAAGUAUCCUCUGAGUGAAAAAUUUUAAGUUUGCCUCGGACAGCUAAAAUUUGAUCGAUAAAACUUUCGCACAGCUAGAAUUUGACAGGCUUCGAGGUGUUUCGAUCUCUGUUCGUUUUGCCUUACGGAUAAACGAACUGAUCAACUCUCUAAUUUUGGGGAAAAGUUCUACAGUUGGGCAUUAUCUGGUGAGAAAUUAGAGCCUCGAAAACGAGUGUUCUUUAAAUGUAUUAUGAAAAUAUUAUUAUGGACCUAUAUGAAGAAGUAUGGAUUAAUUUCUUGAAACGAGAGAGUUAAGCUCCUUAGUCUUUGAGAAAGGUGAGAAGCAGCCUUCUGAUCUCGUUUUCAUAAAACUGCACUGCACCACUGAAUAAGUAGAUUAAAUCUUACGGCUGUUUUAUAUGCGGUUGAAAAAUUAAACAGUCCAGUUUCUGUAAAA